AUGACGACGGACGGCGCCUUCCAAGUGGCGAUCAUCGCACUCACCGUCGCCGUCUUCGUCGCAAUCCAGUACCUCUCCAAGCUAUUCCUCUCGAGGCAGCGAGCCAACAACCGCACCGCCCUCCAAUCCAACCGCCACUUCAUCCAAGGCUCCCAAUUCCUCGCCCGAGCCAGAUCCGCCGCCGCCAAGAACUCCUCCCAGUCCCAAUCCCUAGCCAAACAGGCCCUCGCCGAGGCCGAAUCCGCCGCCGCCCUCUCCCCCAAGGACCCGGCCCCGCUCGUCCUCAAAUCCGUCGCCCUCGAUCUCCUCGGCCACAAGGCCGCCGCAUUGAAGGCAAUCGAUUCCGCGCUCUCUCCGCCGCGCGGGAAGGCGCUGCAGGGGAAGGAGCGAGGCGACGCGCUGGUGAAGAGAGCGGAGCUCAAGGUCGCCGUGAAUCGGCGGCGGCGGGUCGACUCGGCGAUCGAGGACCUGACGGAGGCGGUGCAGCUGGGCGCGGGUGGGGAGAAAGGGUAUUGCUUGUUGGGCCAGUGUUAUGAGUGGAAAGGAUCCAAGGAGGAUGCUAAAUGGGCUUACUCAGAGGCCUUGAAGUUUGAGCCCAAUUCUAAGCUUGCCCUCGACGCACUUGGCGGAUUGAGCCCGUAA